UGUUAGUUAUGAAUAAAAUGAUACGAUUAUUAAAGCUUCGUUAUUGUGGGUUAUGAUCGAUUAUUUAAAUCCUAUUUGAACUACAGAUGUACGUCUAUCAAAUUCUAUUUAGUAAUCAAUUCUGCGAUACACUUGGAUUUAUUUCCUUAUUUGUUUAUAGCUGUCAUAAACAGGCUUAAUAUCCAAUAUUAAUGUAUAGUAGGUCAAUAGCCGGAUUUUACCGAGUGUACGCCGGAAACUACCGAUGUUUGGUUAUAAGCGUCUAUGGAGACUUAAAAUGGCGCCCUAACAACCAUCAAUUAUUUACUUAGUUACUAUGUUCGUCUAAACCGAGGUAUACCGAACAUGAAAUAUAAUACCCGAUUCUUUUCAAUGGAAAUCAGAACAAUAUCAGCAUAGUUCUCCUUCGGAUGUUUUAAAAGAAUUAUAAACUUUAAAGAUGAAUUGAUUCAAGAUUAAUUAAAGGUUCAGAUAAUUUGUUAGAGUGAAGGAUUUUGUACACUAACAAUAGUUUAUGAGUAUAAUUAUACUCAUCGGAAGUAUUUAAUGUCAAAACAUUUAUAAUUGAAGUUGUGGAGAAAUAAUUAAUAACUUAAAGGGGACAAAGUAUGGGUUGCAAACAAUCAAAAGCAGUCAGAGUUCAACCGGUCGGCCCAGCGGAGGCAAACAAGGGGAAAUUACGUUCGACUGAAAGUGACGCUGGUAUAGAGUGUGACGUCGGGGAUAAACGUCGACGUCGCGGUAAACGUAGCAAUAGCCGUGACUCAUUGGAUGACGACGUACACUCAGAGAAUUCUGACCGUGGGGGAUCGGCGACUUCUAAGAAGAGCAAUGACUCUGGUGUUGAUGACUUGGGGGAAUACAACCAUGCCUUUAUUACGGAACAUUCUGAUGCAAACAAGGUCCGCGAGAUUGAAAGUCAGUUCAAAGAACGUGAUGAUUUAGAUCUGGGAAUCACUGGCACCGCACUCAACACGAGGAACAGCGCUAAAGAUAAGGCCCGUCUCGAGGAGUCAAUGGUCCUCCAAAAACUGCGUGAGGAGGGCCUCAUAUCCAAACCCUCUACGGAGAAAAGCGGCGGCGUCUCUUUCGAAAUUGUGGACAUGAGUUCGUCGAUGGGCGGCGGGGGUAAGCUUCCGGCGCUGCCUCCUCUCCGUCUCGCCAAGCUCGAGAAACGACGGAAGAAGAAGCGACCACUUACGGAUGAAGAGAUAAAACAAAAAUUAGAGCGGGCAGAGGAGAGAAGAAAGCGGAAAGAGCAAGCCCGUCUUGAGAAAAUUAAAGAAUUGGACAAGACGGACCACACGGCUGCGCUGACGUCGUUCGCUGACUACCAGAAAAAGAAGGAAGAGACAGUGGUGCGGAAGAUGGAGAGCGCGCAGGACAACAAGGAACGGCGCAUGCGCGAGAUUAAAGAGAAACAACUUGAGCGUGAACGGAAACGUGAGGAGGUGCGGCAGCGCCGGAAAGAGCGGAUGGAGAUUGAGGCGAUGCAGGCAGCGAAUGGGGAAAUUGUAAAAGACACUUCGGAACUUAUGAAUGAGAGGCUGGAGACGCCUGUGGUACCGGAAUGAGGGGUGGUGUUAUAGUUUUUAGAUUUUUUUUAAGAAAAAUAUUUUUAACCAAACCGUGGGUAUUUAUAGUAGAUGAAGAAUUGAGAUAUUUUCAAAUGGGCAUUUGAGGAAAGAUUGAAAAACCUGCAAAAGCAUAUCUUAGAAGCAUGACAAAUAGAUAAAUAAAAUGUUUGCUUAUGCUAAUUGCUCAUAAAUCCUUCUCACAGUUAAACAUGAUUUAAACCUAUUAUAAAAAGGCGUGUGUUUUACAGAAUGUUUGGUUAUCAAAGUGAACUUAUGUUACGAGUAAAGCCGCGCUUUAAUACAAAUGAUGUUAAUAUUGAAUACAUGGAAGUUAUUGCCUCAACGGUGCUAGUUAAGGAGAGAUCAAUAAUUAUGACUGGCAGUCAUAACAUUUAAACAUGUUCAGGUAUUGAUUGAGACUAAUCCAAUAUACAUGUACUUUUUUCGAAAAGUGUUACUAUAAUUUUGGCAAUAACUUAUGAUACCAUAAUGAGGCGAAUUUGAUGUAACUCGAUUCCUUAGGGAUUGCUUAGAGCUGCACACUCACAGAUUUACCGUUUUUACAACUUUUUUUUAUAUUUUGUCUUGGAAUGGGUAAAUUUGUCCGAUUUCAUAUUCCCGUUUGAAAAUUAAUGUUUUUUUGGCUAAAAGCGUUACUAACGAUUUAAAAAAAAAUGCAUAAAACAUCAAUUUUUGAACGUCAACAAAAAAUGCCAAAACGUACAAUCUGUGAGAGUGCAGCUUUAAGGCCAUAUAUUUGUUUUUCGCAAUAUGUUACAUCAAAUAGCUAGUGAGAAUGAUAAUGAAUAGUGUCAAUCAGACACAGGUUUGGAAAGUUAAUAUGCGAUUAAAGAAGGAGUUAGGGCAUGUAAGGAUUAUGAUAGAUCCUUCUGUUGUUCGUACCUCAAUUGCAAACAUGUAUGUCAUUUUAUUUUGGCAUUUUAAUUGACUGUUUAUUUGUGUGUCUGUUUCAUUAACAGUUAAAGCAAAACUGUGUAAAAUACGAAAUCGGACCGUCAUUAAAAUUUCUCUGAGUCAGAGAUUGUUAUUUUGAAGUGAAAUAAAUGUUAAAGACCGUUCUGUAACCUUACUAAGCGUGUUUACUUAAGCAUAAUAGAAAAGGAAGUUGAAAACAGCGUAACCAUAUUGUGUAAAUAUUUGUAAACUGAACGCGAACAAAGGGUAUCGCCAGGUUUUAAAGUUUGAAAUGCAGCCAAAACAUUGGAUACAAAAGAGAGAUCAAUUUCUUUAAUUAAGAAGCAUUGAUUACUAGCGAAGUUUAUAAUUUUGUAUGGAGUUUCUUAAAGCGUUGUCACAUAUUGUUAUUUAAGAUAAUAGCAAACAGCCAUGGUUAUAACUCAUGCAUUUUGUUAUUUAAAUGUGAGUUUUAUUCCCUUUCAAAAAUGAAACGGCACAUUAAACAAACAGAUCGAUUUCCUUCAUUAAUUUAAAAAGAAUUGAUUAAUGCCGAAGUUGAUAAGUUUGUAUUGAGUUUAUGAAAGUGUUUAUUGUUAUUUAAAAUUGUAGCAAACAGUCAUGGUUAUAACGCAUCCUCUUUUUUUUAAGAAUAUGUUUUCUUCCCUUUCAUAUAUGAAAGGACACAAUAAAAAACAUAGCUUUAAUAUUACAAUACGUUUAAUGAUAAUUCUAUUUGGAAAGAAGCCUGGGUUAAAUACAGUUGGAAUGGUUGAAAAGGUUGAAAAUAGUCAUCGCGUGGGAAGUUUAGUUUGACAUAUUAAUUCAACAAAGCUUUAAACUAAAAUCCAAAUAUUAUCAAUAAUAGGAUUUCACAGAUUUAUCUAUAAAUGUUACAUUCAUACUUCAAACGAAUCAAGGCUCAAUCUAUUAUGCUCUGUAAGUACGUGACUUCUCUGUAUAGUAAUUCACGAAUCAGCGAUUUGGGAAUAGAUGAAUGUACGCUAUUCUGUGUUAAUUGUCAGGGAACCACUUACGGAACACAAAUUAAGCAAGAAAAGCUUUUAACGUCCUAAAACAAUUAACUGGCUGUUGACGUACUGCCUUAAUUAUUCAUAAUUUGUUUACGUAGAUACAUAUGUUACUUAUGGGAAGCAAUCAGUUUGUCAGGAACAGGAGUGUUCUCUUGAAAUAUGCAUACCAAGCAAAAAUAUUCACAUACAAUGUAUACAGGUUUCCUUUCAUACGAUUAGGAUAUAUAUUUUGAUGCUAUAUCUUAGUCAUUUUGGACCAAAAUUGAAAAAAACACACACUUUUUUCUGUAACCGCAACCGGUCCGGCAAAGUCAAAAUCGGUCCAGACCGGCAAAUUGCCGGUUAUUAGAAGCCCUGCCUAUAUGUAUAUAUAUAUAUUCCAUUUCCUGAAGUAAGCCAGCAGUAUUAAAAAGUACAAACAUUGUUUUUUCAAGGCUUAAAUGUAAAGUUUACGAUAUGAGAGAUAUAUCGAAUCAUGAAAUUAACCUAUGUAAAUAGAGAUGUUUAUAUUUAUAAUUCAUGUUUUGUAUAAGUUGUGAAUGCAAUGAGCACAUGAUAAAUAGGCAAUUUGCGGGAAUACUCACAAGUUUCCGAACUUGAUUACGAAGGCAACGAAAUCACAAAUCGACGUCAUUCGGAAUAAGUCGACGCAUAUUGUCAAUCGUAAUAACUCGGCCAUCUCCGACAAGCUACGGGAUAGACUCGAAUUGUCGAUUCAGUGGCCGAGGUGUUCCGAUUGGCAUAUUGUAAAACUUGUUCGGAAAUGAGCGACGCCAUUUUAGAUUUGCCGUUUUUUCGCUUUGUGCAUAACUGAAUGUUAUUGGUGGAUGUGAUAUUUUAUUGUUGCAUUAUUUAUAGUUUUAUUUCUGUAAUGAUGACGUUCAUUGUCAUUUUAUUUAUUAUUUCAUUAAAUACUAAAACAAG